CCGAGCGGAGCCGAGCGGAGCCGAGCGGAGCCGAGCGGAGCCGAAGAGGAGCGGACGGAGCGGAGCGGGCGCUCAGAGCGCUCGGCGCGGCGCGGGGCGGCAGCAGCAGCAUGGCCACCACCGUGCCCUGCACCCGCUUCACCGACGAGUAUCAGCUCUACGAGGAGAUCGGCAAGGGGGCUUUCUCGGUGGUCCGGCGCUGCGUCAAGCUGUGCACCGGCCAUGAGUACGCUGCCAAGAUCAUCAACACCAAGAAGCUCUCAGCCAGAGACCACCAGAAGCUGGAGAGGGAGGCGCGCAUCUGCCGGCUGCUGAAACACUCCAACAUCGUGCGGCUCCACGACAGCAUCUCGGAGGAGGGCUUCCACUACCUCGUGUUCGACCUGGUGACGGGCGGGGAGCUGUUCGAGGACAUCGUGGCCCGCGAAUACUACAGCGAAGCGGACGCCAGCCACUGCAUCCAGCAGAUCCUGGAGGCCGUCCUGCACUGUCACCAAAUGGGGGUCGUGCACAGAGACCUCAAGCCGGAGAACCUCCUGCUGGCCAGCAAGUGUAAGGGCGCGGCGGUGAAGCUGGCCGACUUUGGGCUGGCCAUCGAGGUGCAGGGCGAUCAGCAGGCCUGGUUCGGCUUCGCCGGCACGCCCGGCUACCUGUCCCCCGAGGUGCUGCGCAAGGAGGCCUACGGCAAACCUGUGGACAUCUGGGCCUGCGGGGUGAUCCUCUACAUCCUGCUGGUGGGAUACCCGCCCUUCUGGGACGAGGACCAGCACAAGCUGUACCAGCAGAUCAAGGCGGGCGCCUACGAUUUCCCCUCCCCCGAGUGGGACACGGUCACCCCCGAAGCCAAGAACCUCAUCAACCAGAUGCUGACCAUCAACCCCGCCAAGCGCAUCACGGCCCACGAGGCCCUCAAACACCCGUGGGUCUGCCAACGCUCCACCGUGGCCUCCAUGAUGCACAGACAGGAGACGGUGGAGUGCCUGAAGAAGUUCAACGCCCGCAGGAAGCUGAAGGGCGCCAUCCUCACCACCAUGCUGGCCACCCGGAACUUCUCAGUGGGCAGACAGACCACCGCGCCUCCCUCCAUGUCGGCCGCCGCGGCCCCCCUGGGGCUGGUGGAACAAGCAGCUAAGAGUCUGCUCAACAAGAAGGCUGACGGCGUCAAGCCCCAGACCAACAGCACCAAAGGCAGCGCCGGCGUCACCAGCCCCAAGGGGACGCUGCCGCCCGCAGCGCUGGAGCCUCAAACUACAGUAAUUCAUAACCCUGCGGACGGCAUUAAGGAGUCGUCCGACAGCACCAACACCACCAUCGAGGACGAGGACACCAAAGCCCGCAAGCAGGAGAUCAUUAAGAUCACAGAGCAGCUCAUCGAGGCCGUCAACAACGGGGACUUCGAGGCCUACGCGAAGAUCUGCGACCCGGGGCUCACCUCCUUCGAGCCCGAAGCUCUGGGCAACCUGGUGGAGGGCAUGGACUUCCACCGCUUCUACUUCGAGAACCUGCUGUCCAAGAACAACAAACCGAUCCACACGACCAUCCUGAACCCCCACGUCCACGUCAUCGGGGAGGACGCGGCGUGCAUCGCCUACAUCCGCCUCACGCAGUACCUGGACGCGCAGGGCCGCCCGCGCACCAGCCAGUCGGAGGAGACGCGCGUGUGGCACCGCCGCGACGGCAAGUGGCAGAACGUCCACUUCCACGGCUCGGGGGCCCCCGUCGCUCCCCUCCAGUGAAGGUGAGGGCGGCCUGGGGGGGUCCCGCCGCCUCCGGACCCCUCCGAGCGCCCCGGCCCCGUCAGCCCACCCCGAGACCCCCGCCGAGGCCGAGCCGCCGGCCGGGUGCCGCGGUCCCGGAACGCGCGUCCGCAUGCCUUGUGCCCCCCUCCCCCCCCCGGCCCCUCUCCGCCCGGUGCCUGUGUUUGCAGAAAAAAAAAAGACAAAAAAAAGCCAAAACGACGGAAAACGGUCAAAAAUCGCCCCCCUCCCUUUCCCCCACUUCUCCUCCCCACGUUCUUCCUCCCCCAACCACCCGUUGGCACGGAGGGGCCGCCGGAGCACGCGGACGUCCGCGGUGUCCCCCUCCCUCCUCCUCCGUCUGUGCCGGGCUGGGGGGGCUGCCCGGAUCCCCCCCCGGCCGUGCUUGUGGAGUUUCGCUGUUGCUGGUGGUGGAUGUUGUUCUUUGGACUCCGCUUUCGCUCCUUCCCUCCCCGGGUCCCUGUACAUAGAGAGAGCUCUUUAUUUUUGAAUUCCCGCGGGAGCAGCCGGUGUCGUCCCCCCCCCCCACCCGACCCCCACCCACUGCUCCCCGCCCGUAGCUCUGCCCCACAAGUGUGGGGCGCGCCGAGGGUUGGGGGCCAGGAGUUCCGUAAUUUGAGGGGGGGGGAGGAGGGGGUCCGGCCCGAAGGGCGGGGAGGGGGCGGGGGCUCGGGGCCGACCCAGCACCCAGGCAGCGGCGCAAGCACUUUAGACUAAGAGAAGGGGUCUCUUAGGGGGCACAGGCUGCUGCCCCCCCCCGCAUCCGACCCGGCCUCCGGGGGUCACCGCUCUGGGGGGGGAGGGGGGGGCAUCGCCCCACGCCCCCCCCCCUCCACGCCCCCAUCCCGCACCCGUUGUCGCUGGGGCUGUUUGUGGCUGUGGCCGUGGGUCGGGGGGGUUCGGGGGGGCGGGGGUUUAUUUUCUGCAUGCACUUUGCGCGGGAGCACCUGGAGCGCUAACGCUGUAUGUCAGGAGCUGAGCUGAGCUGUUUCUGUCCCAUGAAUGCUGGUGGAUCGUUGCCGAAUUUUCUCCCCUCUCCUUUCCACUUUUCUCUCGUUCUUUUCCAUCCCUUCCCCCCCCGCCCCCCCCCCAGCAUUUCCCCCCUUCCCUCCUCGGACCCCUUCGUCUUUUCUUUCUGAGCCUUGUAAGUGUAAAAGAUGACUGAUUUCGUUUUUGUCUCGGGAAAAAAAACUGCAAAUAAAUUACGAGGAAAAACAA